GCGCGUGGUUCUCCCGCAGCGGUAAACAGUGCAGGCUCGGCGUGCGUUAUCCUCGCGGUGUGUCCUGCUGGGGCCAUGCCGUCGACGUCGCCCGCCAGAGCAGCGACCGUGGCGGCCACGAUGGUUUUGAUCUGGCUAGCGACUGCUGCAGACGCCGCGGAGAGAGUGAGAAGAGAGUCGUGCCGAGCGAAGCACCUGGUCCGGGUGGACGAGACGACGGAGGGCCGCUGCAUGCCGUUGCACGAGUGCCUCGAGUCCCUGAAGGACGUGGGAAGACUCAAGUUCCCCUUGUUCUGCGGCGUGCGCGGCCUGCUGCCGAUCGUGUGCUGCCCAAACAAGGAUCCUCCUCCAAUGCCGGUCCGUCGACCAGCAACUCCUGCACCUUCUCCUCCACCGGUGCUCACCACGGGCCGUAUUCAGCCAGUCAUCAGAGAACCACCUGCAGGAACUCCGUGCACGGUGUCGGAGUCCGGGCAGCCGGGCACGUGCGUUCCCCUGGAUAGUUGCGAGCCACUGCAGGAGCAGGUUCGCCGGAAGAAGUUCCCGUCGCUGUGCGACCUCAGGGAAGGCGUCGCGCACGCCUGCUGCCCGCAAGCUCAGCCGCAGGUGUCCACCACGACCGCGAGACCCGCUCUGGAGAGAGCUGUAAAGAUCGCCGGACUCAAGUACGAGAACGGGAAAUACUGUGGCAAGACUCCCAGUAAACCUGGUCACAUCCACUUCAGACCAGUCGUGAAGGGAGGAAAGGACGCCGAACUUGGUUCCUAUCCGUUUAUGGUGGCCAUAUUCCGGGACAAUGUGAGGGUACUGAACUUCUGGUGCGGAGGAACGUUAAUUUUGGGAAGGGUGGUCCUCUCCGCCGCUCACUGCUACUAUGACACUCUGCGGGACACGCGAUACGUAGUCCGCAUCGGUGGCGUCAGCAUAUCGGACGGUAGCACAGAACCGGUCGUGGAGCGAUACGUGGAAUCGGUUCACGUGCACCCGGAUUACGACGACCGGUUUCACUACAACGACGUGGCGCUUCUCUUCCUCAACCAUUCGGCACUGCAGUACAUCAAGAAGCCUGUCGCAUGCCUUCCCGAGCCGAAUGCCGCACCCGAUGCUGAACACGGUACCGUGCUCGGUUGGGGACACGAUGAUUUCGGAGGACGGCUGCAGACGGUUCUCCAAGAAGCCAUGAUACCGCUGGUUGACAACCCGACUUGCGAACGUGCCUACACGAAACUGAACUCAUUCGAAACCAAGUUUCCUCGCGGCAUCAACGGUGACUUCCUCUGUGCUGGGAAUAUCACGGAUGGUGGUGUCGACGCUUGUCAGCAAGAUUCUGGUGGACCGCUGGUAACGAACUCCACCCGGGACGGACGGAACUUCUUCGAAACCAUCGGCAUCGUCUCGUUCGGCGUUGGCUGCGGAUCAGCCGCUUACCCUGGUGUCUACACGAGAGUCUCGAAAUACGUGGACUGGAUACUUAACGUCAUGGCAGACGUCCUACCGGACAAGCAAAUAUACGUUUAGUGUAAUAAAACCAAAGCCCCCACUUGCUGUACAUAGGAAA